AGUGAGGAUGGCGCUUUGAGUGCUCCCCUAUCGAAAACCACAAGACGAACGCAGAAAAACAAAUGCUUCAAAGUUAAGAUGUCAUCCACGGAUACAAUAAAGGAUCUGAAGAUUCAGCUUUACAAGCAAACAGGUCAAACCCCCAACGAUCAGUUGCUGUAUCGGGAGUUAGGUGGUUCCCUUCUCGAUGGUGAUGCUACUCUGUUCGAAGCUCGUAUUGAGAAGAACAAUGCAGAUCAACCUCUGAUCCUCAUUGCCCAAUCGAUGUCUGCUGUUGCGGCAAAAUACGAUGAGCAGCAACCUCGAGCUCCAGAGCGUGGUUUUAUUGACACAGCCCUCGCUCAUUAA